CCUUAACCUUGACUAUAAAGCUCCGGCAACCACAGUAACAAAUCCAGUGAGCAUUUUAAUGCGUCUCGAGAACCGGCAUGGAAGGGACAACCACGUUUCCACAUUUUGCGACUGAUGCGAUCCACGAGGGACAGGAGCCAGAGCAGUGGAAUUCAAUGGCUGUCGUGCCACCGAUUUCUUUAGCUGCAACAUUCAAGCAAAGUGCACCUGGAAAACACGCGGGUUUUGAAUAUGGCCGUAGUGGCAAUCCAACACGCAAUGUUCUUGAGAAGUGCAUUGCUUCCCUUGAAAAUGCAAAACAUUGUUUAUGUUUUGCCUCUGGUUUGGCAGCCACCACAGCUAUCACCCACAUGCUAAAUGCAGGGGAUCAUAUCAUUAGCAUGGAUGACUUGUAUGGAGGCACUAACCGCUACUUCAAUAAGGUAGCCAAACGACUGAACCUAGAGACCUCUUUUGUGGAUUGUACGGAUUCAGCUAACGUGGCCAAAGCAAUGAAACCAAACACAAAGAUGAUCUGGAUAGAAACUCCCACCAACCCCACUCUGAAGCUGGUGGAUAUCAAAGAAGUGUGUGAUAUAGCACAUAAACAGAAAGAUGUUUUUGUGGCUGUAGAUAGCACUUUUACGUCAUCUUACUUCCAGAGACCGCUGGAUCUUGGAGCAGACAUUGUAAUGCAUUCUCUGACCAAGUACAUGAAUGGGCACUCGGAUGUGAUUAUGGGGGCUGCUGCAUUGAAUAAUGAUGACUUGCAUGAAAGGCUACGCUUUCUACAAAAUUCCAUUGGUUGUGUGCCUUCUCCAUUUGACUGUUACUUGGUCAACCGUGGUUUGAAAACGCUUCACCUCAGGAUGAGAGAGCACAUGAAGAAUGGACUGGCAGUGGCCAAAUUCCUUGAACAGUCACCAAGAGUGGACAAAGUUGUCCAUCCAGGCCUGCCCUCCCAUCCCCAGCAUGAGCUUGCCAAGAGGCAGAUGAAAGGAUUCAGUGGAAUGGUCACUUUCUUCAUCAAAGGGGGAAUCAAAGAAUCCGAGACAUUUCUCAAAUCUUUGAAGCUGUUUACUCUGGCAGAAAGUCUUGGAGGGUUUGAAAGUUUAGCUGAGCAUCCGGGUAUCAUGACGCAUGCAUCUGUACCUGAAGACCACAGAGUACUGCUUGGAAUUAAUGAUUCCUUGAUACGCCUCUCAGUUGGAAUUGAAGAUCUGGAAGAUAUCUUAGCAGAUCUGGAUCAAGCUCUCAAGGCAGCUAUACCAUAAGAUUUUGAUUGGGGAUUUGCCAGGAAGGAAAGGAGUACGCAGCACAACAUGGCACAUACCAAAAUCUGUCUCCCAAAGAAAGUUUCCAAUGAGAGGAGAAUUUAAAGUGAUAACAUGCACAUCUUAGGAUAUUUCAAUAUUUGUUUUUAAGCCACCCCACAGUAUUUUGCUCUCCUUUAUAUUUUGCUUUCACAACUUUUUGUUCAUAAUUUUUUCCAGUUCAGAUACAUAAAUCUUGGUAUAGACUUAUUUGAAAUUAUACUUUUAUGCCAUUCCAUGUUAUUUGCAUCACCUAUAUAUUUUUCCUAUACAGAAAUUUUUGCCAUAACAUUCCUUCCAAUUCAGUUUUAAAGAAUACACAUGAGGUUUGAUUUCUUUCUGUCAAUUUGAUUUAAUGGGACAUAAUGAAAAUACUUCACAUACUGA